UAAUCAACUAUACAUCCAAAUGGAUCUAUGUGAUUUCAAUCUACGUACCUUGAUAAAUUUUAAACGAAAAUUAUUAGAAAAAGCAUACGAUGCAAUUGGUGACUACAACGAAAUUGAUCUGGUUGAUUAUUCUAUAUCGUAUACAAUAUUCCGGGAAUUGGUUGAAUGUUUAAACUAUUUGCAUGAACAGCAGCCACCGAUUAUGCACCGGGAUAUAAAACCGGCAAAUAUUUUACUAACUAUUGAGCCACGUUCCGGUAGAUUUGUACGGUUAGGUGAUUUUGGUUUGGCUAAAAAACAUGAAUGUAGCGAUAUAAGCCAUUCCCAUAAUGUGGGUACACCUAGAUAUAUGGCCCGUGAAGUUAUGCAAAGUGGUCAAUACAAUACCAGUGUCGAUGUCUAUAGUCUCGGUGAAGUAGCCUAUAUGCUAUUUGAUAAAAUUGUUAGACCAAGUGAUAAAUUGACCGAGAUGAACAAACUAAUUGAUACUAUGAUCGAUACAAUAGCAAAUAAGAGACCAAAAUGUGGGGAUAUAUUAGCAAUGAUUGACAAACUAGCCAUUCAAGCACUGGUAUCCCAAUCAUUGCUUACGUGGCUAUCGCUGGCCAAUAGUAGCCGCCAAUUGUUUGAUAAUCCCAACUAUAUUAAAGACUCGACUAAUGUAAUUGAUUUUUUAAAAUCAUUUAUAAGCCAUAAAUUUACUACUAUUAAAUAA